GAAAGCCCCACAGCAUUGGCAGCUCCGAACGGAUUCAGCUCUCAGGAAUGUACAAUGUUCGAAAAGGGAAAAUACAUUUGCCAGUCAACAGAUGGACAAGACGCCAAGCUAUCCUUUGUGGAACAUGCCUAAUUGUCUCAUCAGUAAAAGAAAGCCAGACUGGAAAGAUGCAUGUCCUCCCUUUAAUUGGUGGAAAAGUGGAAGAAGUGAAGAAGCACCAGCACUGUUUAGCAUUUAGCUCCUCUGGACCUCAAAGCCAGACCUACUACAUUUGUUUCGAUAACUUCACUGAAUAUCUGCGAUGGCUGCGACAAGCAUCAAAGGUUGCAUCACAACGCAUAAGCUCAGUGGAUCUUUCAUGCUGCAGCCUGGAGCACCUGCCUGCCAACCUGUUUUAUAGCCAAGACCUCACUCAUCUCAAUCUAAAGCAGAACUUCCUGAGGCUAAAUCCCAGCCCAUCCACAAGUAGAGCGCUUAGUGAAUUACAAAGAUUCACCAAGUUGAAGAGCCUUAACCUUUCCAAUAAUAAUUUAGGAGACUUCCCACUGGCGGUCUGCAGUAUCCCAACCCUGACCGAGCUCAAUGUGUCCUGCAACGCCCUCAGAAGCAUUCCAGCAGUUGUAGGCGAGAUGCACAACUUGCAGACAUUUUUGCUGGAUGGCAACUUUCUCCAAUCCCUUCCUGAUGAAUUGGAGCAUAUGCAUCAGCUCAGCUAUGUGAGUCUGUCCUUCAAUGAGUUCACUGACAUUCCAGGGGUGCUGGAGAAGCUAACUGCCAUGGAUAAGCUCUGCAUGUCAGGAAACUGCAUGGAUACCCUGAACCUACAGGUGUUAAAAAGGAUGCCUCAUAUUAAACAUGUGGAUCUAAGAUUGAAUUCAAUUAGGAGAUUGGAGGCCGAUGAAGUAGAUUUUCUGCAUCACGUGACCCAACUGGAUCUGAGAGACAACAAACUUGUGGAGAUGGAUGCAACAGUUUUUAACAACGUUGAAGUGUUACACUGUGAACGGAAUCAACUGGUAACCCUCAAAAUCAGUGGAUAUUUUCUCAAAGCGCUGUAUGCUUCCUCAAAUGAACUUGUUCAUCUUGAUGUGUAUCCAGUUCCUAACUGCCUGGCUUAUAUGGAUAUUUCUAGAAAUCACCUGGAAAACCUGCCUGAGUGGGUGUGUGACAGCAGGAAACUGGAAGUGUUGGAUGUUGGCCACAAUCAGAUACGAGAGCUGCCUGCCCG